AACAAUACAUUCAUUUUAUCCAGGAUGUGUUGGACUUUGAUAAUCCUUGUAUCAGCUGGUAUACAGUUAAUAUAUGUCGAGGCAAAACCGAAUUACCUCACCGUCUCUGUGUCUGCGUGCAGAAUUGAUAUACAGUGGAACCCUACAAAUUAUACUCGGUUCAUUUGUGGAAUUAAAAACGAAAAUGACGAAAACUUUUCGUUCAACCUUGACACAAACGUUCAUAGCUUUAUCUACACUGGGAAAGCUGGACAGACGUACAAAAUAAAUUGGGUGCCAAUAGAAAUCCAAAUGCAUGUUUUAUCCCUCCAAGAAGAGAAAAAAGCUACAAUUCCCAAAGACUGUGACCGUCCGCCUGUCACAACUUCAAAGAAUGUGAAGAAUUAUCAAUUUGAUGCUGUACAUAGUACUAUUUCGUUACCAGACUCUAAGAGAGAAAACAAUGGUCCUUUCAGUAACGGCUUUUGUGAAAUCUACUUCUGGGCGUCUCUUCUUGCCAUUCCAUUAGUCGUGUGUGUCAUCACAACUAUUCUAUAUUUCUUUGUCAUGAGGAAACCUCGUGGUCCAAUUCCAAAUAGAAACGUUUCACCACAAGCGAGGCUUAACGCCAAAUCGACAUGCUAUACCAAUGACAAUGGUACGAAUGAAUACGAUGAAGUGCAAUAUUCCCUUGCACAGGCUAUCUAGUCGUUUUGUCUGAUCGGAUUUUCCCUGCUGGAAAAAUACGAAUUUCCUAUGACACUUAAGCCAAUGCAUUUACUUUCCUUCUGAAAAAAAAACCUGCUUCACUGCAAUCAAUCUACAUUUGAAACAGCCUUAUUGUAGAUGUGAAGAAGCCUGAACAUAAUCGAAUGUCUCUUAUAUAUAAAUGUAUUUCACUGUUGUUUGAAUUUUUUUUCAUUGUUAUAGUUUUGUUUGUAAUAAUGUACAUAAUUUUUGUCGAUGUGUAUAUUUGUUUCAGUUGAUUUUCGUUAAAAUAUUAAACCAAAACAUGUUUAAUAUAAUUCAUUACAUGUAUUGCAGGCUACAAAGAUGUAAAACGUUACUUUUAUGAUUUUGCUUAGUAUUAAAAUAUAUCUCGAGAUG